UAUUGCACAAGGCCAAAUAGGACAGAGUUAAAAAUAAGCAAGUCUAUAGCAGUGUUUGUCCUAUCAAUCCUUUCACAAGUAACUGAAAGAGCAUCUUUUAAAGUUUAAAAUUACAAGUUUAUGUUAAUGUUAUAGGUAGUUAGUUUGUUUAUAUAGAAAAAAUUAAAAGACAGUGAACAACUACGCACAAGAAUUGCUCUUAUGAUUACGCAACAUCGUUAAGUUCGUUAAGAAUAGCCUUUUGCCCCGUGCAUUCUGUAUUGAAUGAUCAUUGUGACAAACAUCUGUGAAGAAUAAACUGGUUUCAUGGUAUUAGCAGCUGUAGGGGAAAAAAUGUUCAAUGUAAUUAGAAUGUGACAAUGUGGUUUUUUAUACUUUUUUAUUCAUCAUUCAUAUUACGAAAAUCUGAAACUGCAAGUGAUGUGAUAACAGUGAAAGAAGUGACAGCUGGACAUUUGGCUGAGCUUCCGUGUUUAAGCAUUGACGAACAUCAUCGUUUUAUGCUGUGGCAAUUUGGAAAUAAUGAUGUCAUUGGUCCAGGAAAUCCUUUAAAUGAAAAAAAGUAUAAUUAUGAAGUGUUGACUGGUACACUCCAGAUAAGAGGUGUGUCAACAGCAGAAUCUGGGUUUUAUAAAUGUAUUGCAAAAGGCGUAAUCGAUGACUCUAAAUUUAAGAUUCAUUCUGUUGAAUUAAUAGUAAAAAACGAUUGGGAGCAACUUUGGGAAAAUGACUUUGAGACAAAUCUCUUACGAGGAAUGACUGCUGUUAUGGUAGUGGUGGUUGCAAUAGCUGUCGUACUUUUAAUUAUUACUGUUAAGAAAAAGAGAAAUCAAAAAUUCUUUGAUCUCGAAGAAUCGAGGGAUAAUUCUCCAGCACGAUAUAUACCAAAUAAUACACCCGGUCCUUCAUCAGGUACUGGGAAUGUUGGAGUCGAUAAUGCCGAAGUUGAAAUUGAUUUUCCUAAAGUAUUUAAACAAAUGCAGCAAGAACAAGCAAUGCCAUAGACUGUAAUUAUAAAACAGGGGAAUUAUAUUGAAAAAUUUCUUUCAAAGUACUUGAUUAAAUACUUUUUUUCUUGUAUAUAUCGCUUUACAAUAAUAAAUUACAAUAAUAAAUUUCUCAGUACUAUUAUUGUAUAAAUAAUAUUUAGUUCACAUUUAUUUUCAUAAUAUAUAUAUAUAUUGUAGAAAUGUACAAUAUGUAUGUCUGAUAAUAUAAUUCUAUAUUGUAUUCAAAAUAAAUUUAUAAAGUCAAGAUUGGGAGCAAAUAAUAAAAUUAUAAGAGAAUCAUC